AUGGAUUACCUGGUCAAAGACGCUUGGGGUUCUGUGUUUGCCAAAAUUGAUCGAAAGUUCCUGGGUGUGGCAUUGCAUGAAAUCAAUUGGAAACGUGUGACAUGGCCAAAUUUAUCAGCAGUUGCAUCUCCACUUUUGAAUGUCACACUUGGCUUGAAAUCAAACAAUCUCCAAAGCCAACAAGCUAGCUCUUCUCGUUCUCCCCGCUCUUGGGAAACACCAGAUAUAUUAACCAAAAUUGACAAACUUACUCCAAAAUCCAACGGUGAGGCAUCUCAAAGUCAAAAAGCUGGUACAAUGAUCCCUACUGCUGUCACCAUUGGCCAAAAAAGAAAAACAACACAGCCUCAUUAA